CCUUGGAGUGUCUAGCGUGAUCCUUAUGCCAUUGGCAUAGAGGUCAUGUAGGUUGAUGAAUACUGAAGGUGUGACGGUUAUUUUACUAGUACGUAUUUACUAUUUGCUAAUACCGGACAUGAAUCUAAGCAUGGUUAUAUAACGCUUCGAUAACGCAGUGCAAAUAAUAGAUAAGCGUAUUGAGUGCAUUCGACGAAACAACUGCUUGCGCCGUGGUAGUGUCUGAAACGGAAGAGAAGAAAAGAAACACAGAUAUGUAUCAAAUGAUAUAAAAGUUUAUGUAAAACAUAACAAAAUGGAUUAGAAAUAAAUCAGAAAUAAGGAGUCAAGGAAGCAAGAAAAUCAAACGUAGUAAAUACUGAAAAGAUGGAGGUAUCAACGGCAAAAGCGAUAUCCAUGCUAGCCUUGGGACUAGGCAGUUUUGUGACGGGCAUGGCACCGGCGUUUGUGUCAGAAGAAUCGAGAAGAAGGCAUCCUUUGCUGAUAUCCUGUCUUCUAUGUUUCGGGGCUGGUGUACUUCUAUCUACUUCUUUACUGCACAUGCUUCCAGAAGCGAGAGAGAAUUUGCCAGAAUAUUCUGAGCUGCUUCUAUGCGUUGGAUUCUUUGUAGUUUACAUAGUGGAUGAGAUAGUUCAUUUCUUCUAUGGGGUGAACGAGCAUAGGGGUCACCAGAACUAUGGGAGUGGGGAAGGUAGUGGUUUGUUGAGGAAUCCAGAUGGGGAGAUGAGGCAGCGAUGCUGUGGGGACACUGAGAACCCCAGAAUGUGUCACGUGAGUCACACGGAACCCUGCAACCAGAGCUCGUCUGGACUGAUUGGGCUGUUGUGUGCUCUGUUCGUACAUAGUGUGUUAGAGGGACUGGCUAUUGGCCUACAGCAGUCAGCUUCAAAGGUUCUACUACUGUUGGGUGCGGUAGCGAGCCACAAGUACGUUGUGGGUUUCUGCCUGGGUGCCGAGGUCUGCUCCAGCUCACGGCUCUGUACCCACCUGGUGUACGUGCUGCUCUUCAGCGGAGGUUCCGUAGCCGGGAUAGCUGCUGGUGCAGCGCUGGACAACGUCAAAGCGGUCACGGAGACUGUUGCUGUGCCAGUUAUGCAGGCCUUGGCAGCCGGUACCCUGCUAUACGUGACGGUCAGCGAGGUGCUUCCUCGCGAGCGCGCGCGGUGGCACGAGCGACGACGCGGCGCAGGCGCAUUGCAGCUUACUGCCGUCGCCGCUGGCUUCACACUCAUGUAUCUACUGACUAAAUACCUUGGACACGAAGAAGCUUAGAUAUUAUGCUGUGUUACUUUAUCGUUCAAGUGGCGAUAAUAUCUAUAAUAGGUAUUAUUUUUGAUUUAU